UGGGGGGCAAGUCUGCAGGCUGGAGCCCACAGCAAGAUGAUCGGACGCUGAACCAAGCAUUUUCUAGCACUGCGCGGAUCUACCGUACAUAUUGUUUUUAAUAUUGCAUAUGCAAAACUAAGUGAAAGUUGGAUUAUUGAGAAGAAACCUGCAAGUCCGGACUGGCCAAGAGUGGAAUUUUGGGUUGUGGUAUCAGCAGUAUCGGACAGGUUGGAUAUUAUCCGUGGAAUAAACCACAUCUUCACUUCACUGCAACGAGGAGGUACAGAUGCGGGAGAUGCCAUUGGAGUUGAGGAAUAAGCAACUGACUGUGCAAUACUGGGUUAUGUCCACAACAACUGCUGAGAGGUCAAGAGGUGGUCCGCCUCUGUAAGACACUCCAGAAAACAAAUGAUCUGCCGCCAUGCCUCCGUGGGUGGUACGUUGUCUCCCAGCCACCGCAGUCCAACUGCUGCUAUCCAUUGUGCUGUUAGCGGUCGACCGGCCGCUUACCUCCACGUCCGGUUACGUUGUCCAAGGAACCGACCCCUCUUCUCGCCUUUAUCCCACCUUCACCCGGAAUGAUACGGAAUUUGAGCACCUGGCCCUGCAUCCUGACCCCGGUGUGGGCCGAGUCUAUGUGGGCGCUCGGGAUAACUUGUUCCAGUUGGACCGAUUCCUUCAAGCAGAGCUCCAGGAUCCCACCGGACCUGUCAGAGACAGCCGGGAAUGCCUGCCUCCGGUUACUAAGAGUAACUGCCCUCAGGCCAGUCUCACCAGCAACCACAACAAACUCUUACUGGUCGACCCGUACUCCAUGGAACUGAUCACAUGCGGCAGUGUGAACCAAGGAAUCUGCCAAAAACGAAGUCUGGAUUCUGUGGAUAAGGUGCUGUUCUCCACUGAGAGGCCGGUGGACACCCAAUACGUCGCGGCCAAUCAUCCCAACGUUAGUACUGUUGGGCUCAUUGUCCAGUCGCAGCCCGGCAGGCAGCCGCUUCUUUUUGUGGGGCGGGGCUACACGAGCAGCCACCCGCCAAUCUCCACAAGAAACCUGGAGCAGGAUCCGGUCUUUUCCUACGAGGAAACGGCAAAGUUGGCUGUGGCGGGUCGCCUGUCUGAAUACGACCACCAUUUCGUGGCUUCCUUUGCCUACCGCCAUCAUGUGUACUUCUUCUUCUACCGGCGAGACCUGAAGUCCCAGUCGCGCGAGUACUGCACGUACGUCUCGCGUGUAUGUUUGGACGACCAAGCCUAUUACUCCUACGUGGAGGUGCCCCUGACGUGCCGAUCCCGGGCUGGGAAAAACUAUAAUCUCCUUCAAGCGGUCCAGCUCGGGCUCUCAAAGGACAGGACAGCGGGUCGAGGCUCUGAGGUGGUUCUUGGGGUUUUUUCCACUCGUUUGGCUUCAUCCACUCGACCCAGCGAAGACUCUGCGCUGUGUACCUUCAAUCUGGACGAUGUGGACCGCAGGAUUAACUCCACUAGGGACCUGUGUUACACACAGAUGGGCAGAGACUCCGGAAUGGAGGUUGCCUACAUCGAAUACGAAGUCAAGUCCAACUGUGUCAACCUGCCAGAGAACACCCUGGAUGCUUACCCCUGCGGCUCCGAUCACACACCCAGCCCCAUGGCGAGCCGGAUCGCCGUGGAAGCUGAAACCAUACUGGACAGCCCGUCUGCCCGACUCACAGCUGUUGCAGUCAGCGUGAGGGCGGAACAUACCAUCGCAUUCUUGGGAGACUCCAAGGGAAACCUGCACAAGGUGUUCCUGGGACCAAACGGCGAGGUGGAGGAAUACUCCAUAACGUCCAUCCAACACAACGCCGCCAUUAGUUCCGACCUUGUCCUGGAUGGAGAGGAAGAGCAUCUCUUCAUCAUGACCCAUAACUUGCUACAGAAGAGACCUGUGGCCGAAUGCCAGCAGCACACAGACUGUCACUCCUGCUUGCAAGCACACGACCCCUACUGUGGCUGGUGUGUUCUCCAGGGAAGAUGUCUUCUGGAGUCAGAGUGUCACCGUGGCAACCAGCCCGGUCAGUGGCUUUGGAGCUUUGACAUGGAACAACAAUGUCUGGCUGUCCAAGAACUCAGCCCAUCAAACAUCAGCAGGCAGGAAAGCAGGACGGUGUUUUUGUCAGUUCCCGAACUUCCAGCUUUAGAAAAGGGCGAGUCCUACUCCUGUGUCUUCCAUGGCGUCCGUAGUCCUGCCACAGUCACUGGAAGCGGCGUCACCUGCUUGUCUCCACACACCAGCCAAGUCCCCAUGGUGCCUCCAGGACAAGAUUUUGUCCGGGUUCCCUUGUCUCUUCGUUUUGGGGACAUCACGGUGGCAGAAAGAGAUUUCACCUUCUACGACUGCUCGGCUGUGAAGCAGCUCUCUGGCAGCAUGCUCUGUCAUGGUUGUGUUCUGAGCCAGUGGGGCUGUAACUGGUGUGUUCACCAGCACAUAUGUACCCAUAAGUCCACCUGUGAGGAGGGCGUCAUUAUCUACAACCAGCAUUUUAAACUCCCCACCUCAGCCCCGCCCACUGCAAAAACGGUUAAAGUUAACACAACCCCCUCCACCACCACCACCACGGCAAUGCCAACAACAACCACGACAAUCUCCACGGUAGCUCCCACAACAACAACUGCUACUGUUGCCACGACGACAACUACAACUCCUGCAUUGACCACUCAGGAGCUGACGACCCUUCCUAAAAUCACCACAAACCCCACCCCCAUCGACCCUCAGCUUUCUAGCACCCUGGCAAUUACCGAACCCGCACCGUUGACGUUUCCACCUGCAGACACCAGCACCACCGGGAAGGAUGUGGGGGAGGUGGAGUUCAUCACCCAAAGUACGUUGAAGGAUGCCCAGGUCACCGCAAGUGCAGAUCUGGCGCCGGUCACCACUGGUGUGGAUCUGAAGCCUGUAAUGCCUCUGGUGAUCCCAACUUCAGACCCUUUGGAGGUGACCACAGACUUACCGAACACUCGGGAACCUGACGGAACAUGGACAUCAGUAUAUCUGCUCACCCCAACCUGGUCCAGCUCCUCUUUGCCUACACCCUUUUCCCCAGCUAUCUCGGAGUCAUCGCUCUCCCUGGACCCGACCCAAGCACCGACUCCAGUACCCCCGCUAGACUCUCAGACCAAGUCUCAAAGCAGGGACACAGAGUCUGAUGUACUCGGGUCAGAGGAGGAAGACAGCAUGCCCGCUGUCUUGGCAGAAAACGACACAGCCACUUUUUCAGCUGCCACCGUGCUCUCAGGCGACGGUGAGGUGGAUCAUGCAUCCCCAGCUUACCACCACUUGGUGGACACUGAGCUCGACUACCAAUAUGAUCCAGCCGACGCCUUCCUCCCGGGAGAUGAGGGCUCCUUUGUCAGCUGGGGUUCUUCAGCCUGUCCUUGUGUGGAGAAGGUGCAGGGUUCAUCACUACUUCCAGUUGGAGUGGAGAGGAAGAUCACUUUACUUGCCCGCAACCUACAUCUGUAUCAGGACACAGAGAUGGACUACGAGUGUGUGUUGGUCAUUGAGGGGCAAACGGUGGUUGUGGAUGCAUAUGUGGAGACUGAUGACAUCAAUCCAUCCAACUUUGACAUCACCUGUCAACUGCACCAGUACACUUACUCUGCUCCAGUGGAAGAAUAUGCUGCCAUGGUGUAUGUGAAGAGGAGAGACACGUUCCACGUCGACAGCGCUCCUGAUCUAUAUGUGACGUUGUACGACUGCUCGGUGGGCCGCGCCGACUGCAGUCGUUGCUACACAGCAGAGCACAAGUACGCGUGUGUGUGGUGCGGAGGUGCACACGCCACAUGUUUGUAUUCCGGCUCGUGCAGUGAACCCGUACAGCAGACGUGUCCCGCUCCGGUCAUUCACUCUAUCGAGCCGCUGUCUGGCCUGCUAGAAGGCGGCACACUGGUGACCAUCACAGGCUCCAACCUUGGCCAAAAGGCUGAAGACAUCUUUACUUCUGUGUCGGUGGCUGGUGUGCCCUGCAUGGUCAUCACUCGUCUCUACCAGGUGUCCUCCAGGAUCGUUUGCAAAACGAGAGCCAGUGGAGGAGAGAAGACGGGUCAUGUGUCUGUUCAAGUCAGCGGGGGAGAAUUUGGAUUGUCCAGACAGACAUUCAGCUUCCAGGAUCCGUUUGUGACAGGAGUGAUGCCCGACAGAGGUCCCAAAGCUGGGGGCACCACCCUGACCAUCAGUGGGCGAAACCUGCUGACCGGGCAUCCCUCGGACCUUGCCGUCACCGUGGGCGGCGUGCCCUGUAACAUUGUGUCGGAGGUUCAGAGCUCCAGUGUUGAGUGUGUGACGGGCAGCAACAACAAGACGGGAGAUUACCGCCUCACUCUGCAUUAUGGCACCAGCCAACGGCAUCUGCACUCCUCAGCGUACCACUACACGCACAACCCCAACAUAACCCACGCCAAACCAGCCAAGAGCUUCCUGAGUGGCGGGCGAAAGAUCUACGUGUCAGGACACAACCUGAACGUCGUGCAGGAACCUCGGAUGGUCGUGACCGUGUCGCCUCACGAGUCCAUCCAGAAAAAGACCAGCAGGAGAAGGAAGCGCUGGAGCCCAGGGGAAAGGCUGGGACGGUCUGCCAAAAUGGCUUCUGACCCUCUGUGUCCUGGAGAUCUUCUCUGCUCUGUCAAACAGGUGUGCAAGUGCGUGCCCGCCCACACACCUUUACCAAUCUUAUUUUGUCUGUCUGCGUUCCGUCAGUUCACAGAACUCUGUGAGGUGAACUCCUCCUCCUUGAUAUUGUGUCGAUCGCCGAUGGUGGACUCCUCGGUGUGGGGCUCCAAGGUCAUGGUGGAGUUUCUGCUGGACAACCUGCGCUUUGACUUCAACACCCUCAACCCCCAGGCCUUCAGCUAUGAGCCCAACCCAAUUCUGCACCCUCUGAACCAGCAGGACCCUCUGAAGGCAUACCGCUACAACCCUGGAAGCUUCAUCCAGCUUGAGGGGGAAAAUCUGGACCUGGCCAUCAAUAAGGAGGAGGUGGUUGUGUUAAUUGGGGAGGGUGUGUGUGCCGUCAAGACGCUUACCAGAAACCAUCUGUACUGCGAGCCCCCGCCUCAGCAGCCUGUGUCCACGACGAAUGUCAAGAAACGUGAGGGUUCCGACAGCCUGCCUGAAUUCACUGUCCACAUGGGAAACUUGAACUUCUCCCUUGGCAAAGUUCAGUAUGACAGUCUAAGCCUGGCCACCUUUCCUGUGGAGGCUCAGAUUGGUGUCGGGGUUGGAGCCUCCAUUGUGGCGCUCAUCGUCCUCAUCAUCGUACUUAUCUACAGGAGAAAGAGCAAGCAGGCUUUAAGAGACUACAAAAAGGUCCAAAUCCAGCUGGAAAACCUUGAAACCAGCGUGAGAGAUCGCUGCAAGAAAGAGUUUACAGACCUGAUGACUGAGAUGAUGGACAUGUCAAGUGACUUGGUGGGUUCUGGCAUUCCUUUCCUUGACUACCGGAUGUACGCGGAACGCAUUUUCUUCCCCGGCCACCGGGAGUCGCCACUGAGACGAGACCUGGACGUUCAGGAGUGUCGCAGACAGACGGUGGAGCAAGGUCUGGUGCAGCUUUCCAACCUGCUCAACAGUAAACUCUUUCUCACUAAGUUUAUUCAUACUCUGGAGAGUCAGCGGACUUUCUCUCCCCGAGACCGGGCCUACGUGGCCUCCCUUCUCACGGUGGCACUGCACGGUAAACUGGAGUACUUCACAGACAUCCUCAAGACCCUUUUGAAUGACCUGGUAGAGCAGUAUGUGGCCAAGAACCCCAAACUGAUGCUACGGCGGACUGAGACCGUGGUGGAAAAGCUGCUGACCAACUGGAUGUCCAUCUGUCUCUAUGCUUUCCUCAGGGACUCUGCCGGGGAAUGUCUCUACAUGCUUUUCAGGGCAAUAAAGCACCAAGUGGAUAAAGGACCAGUGGAUGCUGUGACUGGCAAGGCCAAAUACACUCUCAACGACAACCGCCUGCUGCGAGAAGACGUGGAAUACAAAACCUUGACUCUUAACGUGUUGGUGCAGGGCGGAGGAGCCAAUGAGUCGCAGCCGCUGCCCUGCAAAGUGCUGGACUGUGACACCAUCACACAGGUGAAGGAGAAGCUUCUGGAUCAGGUGUACAAAAGCACCUCCUUCUCUCACAGACCUCAUUCCGACUCCUUGGACCUGGAGUGGAGGUCUGGUAAUGCUGGACAUCUCAUCCUGUCGGACGAAGACCUAACAUCUGUGGUACAGGGCAACUGGAAACGCCUCAACACGGUGCAGCACUACAAGGUCCCCGAUGGUGCCACGGUCGCUCUGGUCCCUCGCCACAGCAAACACAUUCACCAUGACAACCACGACUACGUGGCUGGAGAGAAAACGCCCAUGCUGGAGGACGCAGACGAGGGCGGGGUGAGACUCUGGCAUCUGGUGAAGGCCGGCGAAGAACCCGAGCUGCCCAAACAUCGGAGAGGCAGCCUGAGGGAAAGAGAGAGAGCCAAGGCCAUACCUGAGAUCUACCUGACCCGCCUGCUGUCUAUGAAGGGGACGCUGCAGAAGUUUGUAGAUGAUCUGUUCACAGUCAUCCUCAGCACCAGCAGACCAGUUCCUCUGGCUGUCAAAUACUUCUUUGACCUGCUGGAUGACCAAGCUGCUCAUCACUCCAUCUCUGACCCAGAAACCAUACACAUCUGGAAGACCAACAGUCUCCCACUGCGUUUCUGGAUCAACAUUGUGAAGAACCCGCAGUUCAUCUUCGACGUGCAAGCUUCAGACCACGUAGAUGCGGUGCUGUCAGUCAUUGCCCAGACCUUCAUGGACUCCUGCACCAUUGCUGAGCACAAGCUGGGACGGGAUUCCCCUAUCAACAAGCUGCUGUAUGCCAGAGAUAUCCCGCGCUACAAACAGAUGGUAGAAAGGUACUACGCUGACAUCAGGCAGACCAUCUCAGCCAGCGACCAGGAGAUGAACUCUGCUCUGGCCGAACUUUCCAGGAACUAUUCUGGAGAACUCAACUACUUGGUGGCACUGCAUGAGCUGUACAAGUACAUCAACAAAUACUACGAUCAGAUCAUCACGGCGCUGGAGGAGGACCCCACGGCCCAGAAGAUGCAGCUGGGCUACAGACUCCAACAGAUCGCCGCGGCCGUGGAGAACAAAGUCACCGACUUGUGACAGAGGACAGUCAAAAGUGUGGGAGUGGAGACUUGUGCCCCCCUGCUGGGUGGACCCUCAUGCUGCAGAGCACUGAAGAUAGACAUGACUUUUAGGACUUUUUUUUUUUUUACCUUUUUAUUAUCUGACUGAAGACUGACGUCGGCCCAGGAAUCUGACCAUUUGGAAUAAUACGACUGACAUACAGAAGUGCUGCGGCCAUCUUCAUUCUUCGGAUUAGCUUGUUGCUGCUCUGUGGUGUGUCUGCAAGUGUGUGUGUGUGUGUGUGUGUUUGUUGCUUGUCAAUCACGUCGUGUGUCAGUAGCGGAUCACAGCCGCCGAGCGUCGCCAGAAAACGUCCGGUUUGGAAAUCCGCUCACACGCCGUUUGUACGUCCACAUUGCCCGUGAGUUCGAUUCCCAGAUUGCUGCUGCCGCCUACCUCAGCGCGACUGUGCUCGUGGUGAAAUGUGUCGCCUUUCUCCCGACGCGCGUUUCCACCCUCGGCCGCAAGACAUUGAAAUCACGCUCACUGACCCGAAGGUCUUUUUUUCCGUAGGUGUACUGAUUGGUGUUAGUGGUACUAAGUACACAGAAAUACUUGUUACAGAAUUCACCUGCCGGACGAGUAGUGUUCACCUCACCUUUUAUCCUAUUAUGAUUCUUUUUUCUACAUUCCUGGUACUCAGCAAGGCACUUUGUCACCUUGCUCUGCCCUACCUACAGUCCUGGUCAAAGGUUUACAUACACUUGUAAAGAACAUAAUGUCAUGGCGGUCUUGAGUUUCCAAUAAUUUCUACAACUCUUUAUUUUUUUUGUGAUAGAGUGAUUGGAGACUUAGACUUAAAAAAUCUUUAUUGUCCCCGAGGGGCAAUUUGGUUUGCAGCAGUAGUCAGUAAAAAAACAAGGUUCAACAGUAAAAACGAGGUACAACAGUAAAAAACAAGGUACAACAGUAAAAAACAAGGUACAACAGUAAACAGUAAAAAACAAGGUACAACAGUAAAAAACAAGGUACAACAGUACAACAGUAAAAACAAGGUACAACAGUAAAAACAAGGUACAACAGUAAAACAAGGUACAACAGUAAAAACAAGGUUCAACAGUAAAAACGAGGUACAACAGUAAAAAAACAAGGUACAACAGUAAAAACAAGGAACAGUAAAAACAAGGUACAACAGUAAAACAAGGUACAACAGUAAAACAAGGUACAACAGUAAAAACAAGGUACAACAGUAAAAACGAGGUACAACAGUAAAAAACGAGGUACACAGUAAAAACAAGGUACAACAGUAAAAACAAGGUACAACAGUAAAAACAAGGUUCAACAGUAAAAACGAGGUACAACAGUAAAAAACAAGGUACAACAGUAAAACAAGGUACAAAUACAUAAAAUACAUACAACAUACAUCAUGAAGGCAUUGAGCUAAAAACUAAAAACAUUUGUAAAACAAUAAAAACUAAUCGUCACACGUCGCUUCCCACUAAAGUGACUGCAUAGCAGCUAAGCUUGUUUAAGAAUCUCAUUUAUAAAGGCAACAGCUGAGGGAACAAAGGAUCUUAUGUAUCUGUUGUUUUUGGCCUUUCUAUUACUCGGGGCGAACUUGCAUCCUGAGGGUAAGAGUCUAAACUCUGAGAAGAGAGGGUGCUGAGGGUUGACCAGAAUGGCCUUUGCCUUCUGGAUGACUCUGGCCUGAUAGAUCUGGUUCAGGGGGUUCAAGUUAUUGCCUAUGGUCUUUUGGCACACCCAGUCUGUUUUUACUGGCCACACUGAGGUUACCAAACCAGGAAGUGAUAGAAUAAGUUAAAAUAGACUCGAUACAAGAUGAAUAGAACAUCAUCAGUGUCCUAUCAACCUGAAAGCCCCUCAGUCUCCUCACAUACUUGUUGGUCACAAAAAACAUUCAUGAAAUUGGGUUCUUUUAUGAAUUUAUUAUGGGUCUACUGAAAAUGUGCUGGGUCAAAAGUAUACAUACAGCAAUGUUAAUAUUUGCUUACAUGUCCCUUGGCAAGUUUCACUGCAAUAAGGCGCUUUUGGUAGC